AUGGAUGAAAAAUACACGUCCAAACUGUCACCUACUGUUGAUUUCUGGGCGGGGAUGUAUCUGGUCAUAAUUGCCGUCCUGUCCGUCUUGGGGAACACCGCCAUCCUGGUCAGCGCGGCCCGUCGCCUCACUCUGCUCAAAGCUCCUGAGCUGCUGACGGUGAACUUAGCCAUCACGGACAUUGGCAUGGCCCUCAGCAUGUAUCCUCUGUCCAUCGCAUCUGCAUUUAACCACGCCUGGAUCGGUGGCGACGCGUCCUGCCUCUACUACGGCCUGAUGGGCAUGAUCUUCAGUAUAACCAGCAUCAUGACACUGGCAGCGUUGGGGAUGGUCAGGUACCUGGUAACAGGAAGUCCACCCAAGACAGGUAUCAAGUUCCAGAGGCGGACUGUGUGCAUUGUGAUCAGUGGGAUCUGGCUGUACGCCGGCCUGUGGGCCUUGUUACCUCUGCUCGGCUGGGGAAGCUACGGCCCGGAGCCGUUUGGACUCUCCUGCUCCAUCGACUGGACCGGUUACGGGGAGUCCCUAAACCACUCCACCUUUAUCAUGACUCUGUCGGUACUCUGCACAUUCCUCCCCUGUCUGGUCAUCGUCUUCACCUAUUUCGGUAUCGCCUGGAAGCUGCACAGAGCCUACCGAUCCAUCCAGAGCAAUGAUUUUCAAUACGGAAACAUUGAGAAGAAAAUCACCCUGAUGGCCGUGUCUAUCAGCAUGGGUUUCCUGAUUUCCUGGACCCCUUACGUGGCUGUGAGUUUCUGGAGCAUGUUUCACUCCCAGGAGCAGAGCCACAUAACUCCUUUCAUCACCCUGUUGCCCUGCCUCUUUGCCAAGAGCGCCACCAUGUACAACCCUUUCAUAUAUUUCAUCUUCAGGCGUGCCGUCUGGCAAGAGCCCCUGCGCCUCCAGAGGCUGUGGUUUUGUUGCACCCAUCAGACCAGUUUGACCAGCUCAGGAGAGAAAAUGGAAAGCAAAACUGUGAAGGGAUCGGACAGCGAAGAUAGGAUGGUUGCAAACUGUGUUGGUCUGAUGGAAGCUCCUUGUGGACAAAGUGAGAUACUCACUUUGGGCUAA